UUUCAAAUGGAGGAUCCAAUUCCAAUUCCAAUUCCAAUAGGCAGGGAGGAUUGACGAGUACUUAGCUCGCGAAUUGGCUUGUACGGCACCCCAAACCGAAGCGUCCGAGGCGCGUCGGGUCUCUCUCGCCCCCCCCCCCUUCCCCUCCCCGCUCUGCACUCCACCGCCCUCCCUCUCCGGCAUCCGCUCCCCGCGUCCUCCAACCUCGCCGCCGCCCGUCUCUCUUGGCUAAGGCGAGUUCUCGUCAUUUCCCCUCCUACUGGCGCGGUGGGUUGCAUUGUCCCGUCGGACCGCGCCGCCGCGUUUGUUUGCUGGCGCGCCAGAUUCGGAGUUGGGGUUCUAGGGUCUCGUUGCGGCUAUUUGGGGAGUUUUGUGUCGAUUCGGUUGACAUUUGGCCCUGUUUCGAUCUGGAUUUUGUAGGGUUUGGACCCCGACACGAUGGUGGGGGUCGGGCUGGAGACGCCGGCGCCUACCGCGGCGGCGGCUGGGCUCGCAGCGCGCGGGGUGAGGCCGAGGAGGGUCUCCGCCAAGCGGUCGUGGCCGCCGGGAUGCGGCCGCUUCCCACCGCCCGCGCCGGUCCCCGCGAUCGCGGCAGGCGAUGGAGAGAAGGGCGCCGAUGGCUGCGGCGUCUUCGGCGGAGGCCUCGAUGGCAGAGCGGAUGAGGCGGUCGCCCCUGUCACCCCCGCCGCCGUUUCACAUGUGGCGCAGAACGGCGCCCUGCCUCAGCAGGUGCCGGAUAAGGUGGAGCAGGCGGUCGACUCCGCGGUCGUUUUACCUGCAGCACAGAACGGCGCCCUGCCUCAGCAGGGGCCGGAUAAGGUGGAGCAGGCGGUCGCCCCCGCCACCGUUUUACCUGCAGCACAGAACGGCGCCCUGCCUCGGCAGGGGCCAGAUAAGGUGGAGCAGGCGGUCGCCCCCGCUGCUGUUUUACCUGCAGCACAGAACAGCGCCCUGCCUCCGCAGGGGCCGGAUAAGGUGGAGGAGACAGUUGCCCCCGCCACCGUUUUACCUGCAGCGCAGAUCGGCGCCCUACCUCAGCAGGGGCCGGAUAAGGUGGAGGAAGCGGUCGCCCCCGCCGCCGUUUUACCUGCAGCGCAGAACUGUGCCCCUCCUCAGCAGGGGCAAAAUAAGGUGGAGGAGACUGUUGCUCCUGCCGCUGUUUCGCCUGUGCCAUGCAACGGCACCCUCCCGCAUGCCCUGCUUCAGCUGCGGCCGGAGAGGGUUGGGGAGGAGGGAGGCAGAUGGGAGAAUGAUGAGGCACGAUUGCUGGGUUACGUGGGUGUACCAUCGUUGGAUGGUCAGGAGGAGAACAGGGUGAUGGAAGUGGUGGCGCCAACGGUUGCAGUACCGGAGAGUUGCGGCGUUGUUCGUGCUGGUAAUUCUGUGCAGAACGGUGGUGAGGGAGCUGGUUUGUUGGUGGGGGAGGAGGAGGGAGGUGGCUGCAGCGGUGAUGUGGUGAGGGACGAGGUUGCUGGUGAUGCGGGUGGCAGGGAGAUGGGAAACUGGGCAGGUGAUGGUGAGUUAGAGAGGAAGGAGGAUGGCAUAGAAGGAAGUAGAACUAAGAGAUGGUUGAUGUCCGCGUUGAAUCCACCGCCCAAGAGGAGGGCGGUCUCAGCUGUACGCAAAUUUCCACCUGGCUGUGGGAGGGCUGCUGUUACCACCAAAGGCAGUGGAGUUUUGGAGGUCUCACCCAUACGCACAUUUCCUUCUGGCUUUGGGAGGGCUGCUGUUACCACCAAAAGCAAUGGAGUUUUAGAGGUCUCACCCAUACGUACAUUUCCUCCUGGCGGUGGGAGGUCUGCUGUUACUACAGCAGGCAGUGGAGAUGAGGAGGGGUUGCUGUUAGAAACCACACCUGUCACCAAUGGUGAUGCCUUGGCCUCCAUUCCAGCUUCAGGAGGGUCUGCUUCUCCGGUGUUAGCACUAGGGACUUCUAAUGUGAAAGUGGAAGGCAAGACAAUGGUGGAUGAAGGAUCUAGCAAGGCACACAAAAGGGUCCAAGAAUCUCAAGUCACUAGUGAUGUUGUUUCAGCUGAUUUUGUCGGAACCAAACAAGACAGCGACCAGCCACAAAAUGUUGCUACAAAAGCAAUACCUAGGAAUGGUUUUGAUGAGAAGAUGAAGGGGAAACUCUCACCAUGUGAAGGGAAGCAAGUAGCAGGAGUACUGGUGGAUGAUAAGAUGAAAAACAAACUUGAAGGAAGCUUGCAGAAGGGUACUCUUAGGACACCUUUGAGUGAUCCCAUUGAUGCAAGGACAAAGGGCAAGAGAUUGGAGAGUGACAAGAUGAAUGUGGCAUUACUAGAUAAUGCAGGGGCCUCUGUAGAGGGAAAGAUGCGAAGUAAAACUUUGAGCAAUAAAAAAGAAUUGGUGCGCUCAAAUGUCAAUACAAAGCAGGAUAUGUUUGCUCGUAAGCUGAAGGGUGAUGGCAUUUUGCAUAGGUCUGCCGGGUUGUCUAAGUUUGGAAAACAUGCUGCAACCAAUCAGAUUGAAGAAAAUGAUGAUAUGGACCUUGUCCCUGACCAACUAAUUGUACAAGCAUUGAUGGCUCCUGACAAAUGCCCUUGGACACAAGGAAGGAAGUCUUUUGUUAGUGUUUCUAAGUCUCUUCCUCCUAGGAACAAGUUGAAGGGAAAAAAUGCUACUCCGAAAAAACAACUGCCAAAAAAAGUAGCCCCUUGUGAAUUGAUUAACGAUGAGACAAUAGAGGACAAUGAAGAUUCUUACAUGGACAAUGAUGGCAACUCUAGGGCACUAGUUGUUUACGAAGAAAAGCAAGAGAUAUGUGUCACCGUCCCACCCUCUGUUCCGUCUGGGUCGCACCACAGGCAACCUGGGGACCAUGAUGUAGAUGCUCGGAGCAAAGUUAGGAAGUUGCUCCAAUUGUUCCAGGCGACAUGUCGAAAGCUUAUGCAAGUUGAGGAACAAGGUUUACGCAAUGUCGGAAGGAUUGACCUCGAAGCUGCUAAUGCUCUAAAGAAAGAUCCUAUCUAUACAAAGCUUGGGCCUAUUGUGGGGAAUAUUCCCGGUGUUGAGAUUGGCGAUGAAUUUCAUUUUAGAGUUGAGUUGUCCAUAAUUGGUCUCCAUCGCCCAUAUCAAGGAGGUAUCGACACUUCUAAGGUGAAUGGUGUUCCCAUUGCAAUAAGCAUCGUUGCUUCUGGAGGCUAUCCUGAUGAACUUUCUAGCUCAGAUGUACUGAUAUACACUGGCUCUGGAGGAAAGGCUGCCGGCAAAAAGGAAGCAGAAGAUCAAAAGCUUGAGCGUGGUAAUCUCGCCUUAAAGAAUUGCAUAGAAACCGUGACCCCGGUCCGAGUAAUUCAUGGGUUCAAAGGUCAAAGUAGAGGUGAAGUUAGUCAUUCUAAAGGCAAGCAAACCUCAACAUAUACUUACGAUGGGUUGUACAUGGUCGUGGAUUGUUGGCAGGAAGGCCCAAAAGGCUCAAUGGUCUUCAAGUACAAGUUACAGAGGAUCCCCGGACAACCAGAAUUAGCCCUACAUACAGUCAAGGCGACAAGGAAGUCCAAAGUCCGCGAAGGUCUUUGUUUGCCUGAUAUAUCUCAAGGAAGCGAGAGUAUACCCAUAUGUGUCAUCAACACAAUUGAUGACAUGAGGCCAGCACCAUUUAAAUACAUCACCAAAGUCAUAUAUCCACCUUGGUAUGAAAAAGAACCGCCAACAGGUUGCGACUGCACAAACGGCUGCUCAGACUCUAUCAAAUGUGCUUGUGCAGUGAAGAAUGGAGGAGAAAUCCCAUUCAAUUUCAAUGGUGCAAUUGUUGAGGCCAAGCCUCUCAUAUAUGAGUGUGGCCCAUCAUGCAGGUGCCCGCCAACAUGCCACAAUAGGGUGAGUCAGCAUGGUGUCAAAAUUCCACUAGAAAUAUUCAAGACGGGUAAGACAGGUUGGGGUGUAAGAUCCCUCAGUUCUAUCCCUUCAGGCAGUUUCAUAUGCGAGUACACUGGUGAGCUCUUGCAAGAUAAAGAAGCUGAAAAGACACAGAAUGAUGAGUAUCUAUUUGAUAUUGGUAGUAACUACCAUGAUGAAAAGCUUUGGGAGGGGCUAAAAUCAGUGACAGGUUUGCAAUCUUCUACUCUGUCCUCCAAGACAAUGGAAGGCUUCACAAUAGAUGCAGCUGAGUGCGGUAAUGUGGGAAGAUUCAUCAACCACAGCUGUUCGCCAAACCUCUAUGCGCAAAAUGUUCUCUGGGACCAUGAUGACAUGAGGAUGCCACACGUUAUGUUUUUCGCUGUUGAGAAUAUCCCACCACUACAGGAGCUGACCUACCAUUAUAAUUAUAUGGUAGGCCAAGUCCUUGACAAGAACGGCGAGGAGAAGGUUAAACAUUGCUACUGUGGUUCCUCUGAGUGCUGCGGCAGGCUCUACUAAGAUAUUGCAUACUGCUGUUAGAUUUUUACCUGGAGAACAGUUCUGCCAUGCCAUUACUCGUCAUUUUAUUAUUCUGUUCUUGCAGUUGUCAACAUUGUAAUGUUUACUUGUUACAUGUUAAUGUCCCAUAGAUAAAAAUGUGACCGAGUUUUGAAGAGAUCGAGCUGCGUUUGCUCGGUUUCAUCUUGUAGAAAGCAUUCCGGCCCAUUGUACUGGGUUUUAUACUUUUAAUGAAGUUUGCAUGGAGCUGCUUUUGUGA